AUGGCAAAAAAGAAAGUAUUAAUUUCCCUUCUAUAUCUUGCAUCUAUAGUAUUUUUGCCUUGGUGGAUCUCUCUCUCAUUUAAUAAAAGUUUGGAAUCUUGGGUUACUAAUUGGUGGAAUACUAGGCAAUCCGAAAUCUUUUUGAAUGAUAUUCAAGAAAAGAGUAUUCUAAAAAAAUUCAUAGACUUAGAGGAACUCCUACGUUUGGACGAAAUGUUAAAGGAAUACCCGGAAGCACUUUUACAAAAGCCUCGCAUCGAAAUCUACAAAGAAACGAUCCAAUUGAUCAAGAUGCACAAUGAGGAUCGCACGCAUACAAUUUUACACUUCUCGACAAAUAUAAUCUGUUUCGUUAUUCUAAGUGGUUAUUCUAUUAUAGGUAAUGAAGAACUUGUUAUUCUUAACUCUUGGGUUCAAGAAUUCCUAUAUAACUUAAGCGACACAAUAAAAGCUUUUUCUAUUCUUUUAUUAACUGAUUUAUGUAUAGGAUUCCAUUCGCCCCACGGUUGGGAACUAAUGAUUGGCUCUGUCUACAAAGAUUUUGGAUUUGCUCAUAAUGAUCAAAUUAUAUCCGGUCUUGUUUCUACUUUUCCAGUCAUUUUAGAUACAAUUUUUAAAUAUUGGAUCUUUCGUUAUUUAAAUCGUGUAUCUCCUUCACUUGUAGUGAUUUAUCAUUCAAUGAAUGACUGA